AUGGCCCCCAAUACAGCCCCGAACUUGGACAAAACCAAGAAGAGACCCAAAGUCAGAGGUUGUUAUCAAUGCUCUCGUCGCCGCAUAGACUGUGAUCGCCAAGAACCAGAGUGCGUAAAGUGUGCCACCAAAGGUAUCAAAUGCAGUGGCCUGGGUCUACGAUAUCGCUUCAAUGAUGGCAUUGCCGCAAGGGGAAAGUUUGUCGGAAAGACUUUUCCAAUUGUUGAUAUACCAGUCACCAAGUCACCGAAACAGAAACAAGCUAUAUCUACAAUUACCAGACAUCAAAGAGAUGAUCCGUUCCGAACGAGCGGCUACGAAAAGGUCAACCAGAGUUCACUUCAAACGGAUGAGAUAGUGGAGGAUACUGCUCAGACGCAAGAUCUAGUCGCGUCAAGUCAUAAGCCAUUAUCAAUUGACUGGGGACUGGAUCACAUUGAUCCAAAGUCUCGGUUUUGCCUUGGAUACUUCUCCAACAACAUAGCCCAGCUAAUCGCAGUCAUCAAUAUGGGCUUCAAUGGCUACCGAGAUCUAAUCCUUCCAAGAGCAGAGACAGACCCUCUCGUACGAAAGGCGGUUCUUCUCGUCGUUGAACAGCAUCUUUCUUUACAAAACGGUACCUCAAUAUCUCUCGAUCCUGCAGCAUAUGGUAGUCUUGUGCGAGAGCUUAUUUCACGGUCUCAUCAAUGCGCUCCCCAAGACGACGAUUCGGCUCUCACAGCCCUGCUUCUGCUACAUAUCCGCGAAAUGAUCAGUGGCAGCGACAACUUUAGGUUCAUUUAUGGGUCUCUAAGAGUUGUAGUUAAUGCUCUUGCUGCAAGAUCAGAGGAUAGAAGAACUGAUCUCAGAACCUUUCUUCAAUUGCAAAUCCUCAGAGUCUGUCUCUUUGGAGAGUCACUCUUCAACGAAACAAAUGGCGUUCACUUCAUCCAAGCACAACAAAGAGCCUGUCUCGAAUUCAUAACCUGGUGCGAUCGCUUUCAUCCCGAACUCAAAGAUCUACUCUCCCAACUCGCCAACCUGACGACACUCGCUUGCGACAUUUACGUCCAACGCGCCGUUUUCAACCCCCCAGCAGAAGAAACCGUGCACAUGAUCGAAGAAUUCAAGCAAUCUCUAGGCGAAGUGGACGCGUACGUCGAUAUCGUAGGACGACAUCUCCUGGCCUGGCCGUACUUUAUCGUCGCUGCUGAGAGUUCAACGGCGGAUCAUCGAGAGUUCUUUUUGGACAAGUUGGUCUCGUUGCAUAAUACCACUGGUUGUUGGAAUUUGUUGAGGGCGAUUGAUCAGGUCAAGGAGAUUUGGGCGUCGCAGUCUUCGAUUCGAUGGACGAGUCUGUUGGGUGGACCGACACAGGCCUUCAUAAUGUGA